CGGACGCUGCGGCUGACCCAGCGCUGCUCUUCAGGUCCCAGGGUUGGAUUGUGCAUCCCUGAAGCAAGUCAAGUUUCUGGUCCCUCCUGCACUCUGCAGCCUGUCUAGCGCUCCUCGUUUGAAUUUACAGAAGUUGAUACACAACCUUGUUUCCAGGACAGUGACUUCUGGGAAGGAAAUUGGUAUACCGAUGUUGGUUCCAUGUUCUUUGGAGUGAAGGAGGUGUGACAAAUGCAUACGGAGGUAUGACAGGACACCUUUGAAGGAGGGCGCCUUGUGAAUAGGAUUCCGACCUGGAGGAAUAUCACUGUGACUGGAACCCUCUCAGCACUGCUUCAGGGUAGAGGCAAAAGAGUACCAAAAGUUCUUUCUUUGGAUUGUGUCACCUCAAAGGGUAAAUAAUCUAUGUUGCCAGAGUGCACUGUGGGUUUACAAGAGCAACAAAAGGUGAAUAAAUCUCUGGAGUUGGUGUCAUUUGAGGAUGUGGCUGUGGACUUCACCUGGGAGGAGUGGCAGGACCUGAAUGAUGCUCAGAGGACUUUGUACAGGGAUGUGAUGCUGGAGACCUACAGCAAUCUGGUGUCACUGAAUGUCCAGAUAGAUGAUGACCUACUGGAAAGUAACCAAGAAAGUCAUGGUAGAUGCUUGCAGCAAAUUAUAAUUACCAACAGCAACACAUCAGCUGAAGAGAGAAUUGUGUUAGGAAAAUCAUUUUAUUUGAAUUUUUAUCAUGUUUUAAAUCCAAUUACAAAUAAUGGAAACUAUUCAGGAAAGGGACAGGAGGAGAUAUACAUAUGUCAGAAUUCACUUCUUCCUAGAGAGCAUGAUGAGAUACCUGCUGGAGAGAGACCUGAUGACCAUCAUGUAACUAGAAAUUUGCCCAGACAUCAUGAGCAUCUUAGUCAGCAUCUCAAUAUUCAAACUGGGAAGCAGCCUUUAGUAUACAGUGGAAAAGGGAAAUCCUCCAACACAGAGCCAAUAAUGACGCAUAAAAAGAUACAUAUGGAUGAGAACACCUAUAAGUAUAAUGAAUGUGGAAAAGGCUGUGGUGAGUCAGCUGUCAUUGCCCAAGAAAUAAAUCAGGUAGAAAGGAAAACUUUUCAAUGUGCUAUAUGUGGGAAUAUGUUCUAUAAAAUAUAUGAACUCACUAAACAUCAGGUUAUGCACACAGGAGAGAAACACUGUAAAUAUACUGAAUGUGACAAAUCUUUUAUUAAGAAAUUAUUCCCUUCCUCACAUCAGGGAACACCUACAGGGGAGAACCUUUGUGGUUGUAAUGAACAUGAGAAAAAUUUUUGUCAGAUGUCAGACCUUACAAUGAAUCAGAGAAUUCACACAGGAGAAAUGUACUAUGGAAAUAUGAACUGUGGGAAAUACUUCUAUAAGAAUUUACUUUUCAGCUAUCCUGAGAGAAUUCACACAGAUGAAAUACCAAAUGGAUGUAAUGAAUGUACAAAAUUUUCCUACCAUGAGUCUGCCCUCUCUGUUUUUCAGAGAAUUCACACAAGUGAGAAACCAUGUAAAGAACAUAAAAACACUUUCUAUAGUACUAAAUGUGGUAAAAUCUUUCACCAAAAGUCACACUGCAGCAGCCAUCACAGAAUUCACACAGGUGAGAAACCAUGUGAAUGUAACAAAGCUUUCUUCCAUAAGUCAGUCCACAUUUUAUAUCAGAAAGCUCACACUGGUGAGAAACCACAUGAAUAUAAAGAAUGUGGAAAAGCUGCUAACCAAAAGUCAGAUUUCAGCAGGAACAAGAAAAUUCACACAAGCGAGAAACCAUAUGAAUGUAAAGAAUGUGGAAAAACUUUUAACCAAAAGUCAAGCCUCAGCAUUCAUCCCAGAACUCACUCAGGUGAGAAACCAUAUGAAUGUAAAGAAUGUGGAAAAGCUUUUAACCGAAAGUCAAACCUCAGCAGGCAUCAGAGAACUCACACAGGUGAGAAACCAUAUGAAUGUAAAGAAUGUGGAAAAGCUUUUAAACAUAAGGCAGACCUCAGCAGGCAUGAGAGAACUCACACAGGUGAGAAAUCAUAUGAAUGUAAAGAAUGUGGAAAAGCUUUUAACCAAAAGUCAGAUUUCAGCAGGCAUGAGAGAAUUCACACAGGUGAGAAACCAUACAAGUGUAAAGAAUGUGGAAAAGCUUUUAACCAAAAGUCACACCUCAGUAGGCAUCAGAGAACUGACAAAGGUGAGAAAUCAUAUGAAUGUAAAGAAUGUGGAAAAGCUUUUAACCACAAGGCAGACCUCAGCAGACAUGAGAGAAUUCACACAGGUGAGAAACCAUAUGAAUGUAGAGAAUGUGGAAAAACUUUUAACCGAAAGUCAAACCUCAGCAUCCAUCAGAGAAUUCACACAGGUGAGAAACCUUAUGAAUGCAAAGAAUGUGGAAAAGCUUUUAACCAAAAGUCAUCCCUCAGCAGCCAUCAGACAACUCACACAGGUGGGAAACCAUGUGAAUGUAGAGAAUGUGGAAGUACUUUUAACCAAAAGUCACACCUCAGUAGCCAUCAGAGAACCCAGACAAAUGAGAAGCCAUAUAAAUGUAAAGAAUGUGGAAAAGCAUUUAACAAAAAGGGAGACCUCAGCAGGCAUGAGAGAACCCACACAGGUGAGAAACCAUAUGAAUGUAAAGACUGUGGAAAAGCUUUUACCCGAAAGUCACACCUCAGGUUUCAUCAGAAAACUCACACAGGUGAGAAACCAUAUGAAUGUAGAGACUGUGGGCAACCUUUUACCCGGAAAUCAGACAUAAGUAGGCAUGAGAGAAUUCACACAAGUGAGAAACCAUAUGACUGUAAAGACUGUGGGAAAGCAUUUAACCAAAAGUCACACAUCAGCAGGCACAAGAGAACUCACACAGGUGAAAAAAAAUAUGAAUGCAAAGGCUGUGGAAAAGCUUUUAACCAAAAGUCACACCUCAGCAGCCAUCAGAAUAUUCACAUAGGUGAGAAACCAUGUGAAUGUAAGGAAUAUGGGAAAACAGUUUAUGGAACUCACCAUAAUAAACAUGAACAAAUUGACACAUGGGAAAAUCCCAAUUAGUGUAAUGGCUGUGGGAAAAAUUUUUGGCACAAAUCACACCUCAUGUUUCAUCAGAGAACUUACACCAAGAAGAAGUCUUAUAAAUGCACAACUGUCCCUUGGUAUUGCAGGUUGGAUCCAGGAGCCCCUUUUGAUGAAAACUUGCAAAUGAUCAAACACCUGUAAAUGGUGUACUGUUUAAAUAUUACCUAUGCACUUUUUUCCA